UAUUAGAAAUAUAUGCUUGUCGUGAAGUUAAAUCUCUUAUUUUUAGAAUAAAUACUACGGCUACUAUAUAUAAACCCGAAAAUAAAUAACCAUUCACAGCAAUCUCAGCAUAUUUCCCAUGAUCGAAGUUUACUAAUGAACUCUAUCAGUUACCAUAUCAGUUACCACCAACUAGACAACAAAUUCUCAGUUUUUGGACGCAAAUUGAUUUCCUCCAUUGCCUUUCUUGGUAGAGACCAUCACCCUAUUCAGUUCCUCAAUGAAUGCACCAAACCCACUAAUAAUAUUCACUCAAAACCCGAUAUUUUCCAUGCCCAUCUCAUAAAGACUCAGAAUCUUGAUUCCAAUACACAUGUUGCAAAUUCUGUGCUUUAUUCUUAUUGUCAACAUUCAAGAAUGGACAAUGCAGCCAAGGUGCUUGAUGAAAUGCUUAACCCAAAUUCAGUUUCCUGGAAUCUGAUGAUUUCUAGUUCUAAUAAGGCGUUACGAUACCAGGAUUCUUGGAGGGUAUUUUGUAGGAUGCAUAUGUUGGGGUUCGAGAUGAAUAUGUAUACAUAUGGUAGUGUUCUUUCUGCCUGUGGUGCUUUAACAUCUACAUUGUGUGGUGAGCAGGUUUAUGGACUUGUGAUGAAAAACGGGUUUUUUUCGGAUGGUUAUGUGAGAUGUGGGAUGAUAGAAUUGUAUUCAAGAAGUUGUAGGUUUAGUGAUGGUUUGAGGGUGUUUUAUGAUUAUUUGUGUGAUAAUGUGGUUUGUUGGAAUGCUAUUAUAUCAGGGGCGGUAAAGAAUAGGGAGUAUUGGGUUGCGUUGGAUAUUUUUAGUCGAAUGUGGGGUGGGUUUUGGAAGCCCAAUGAAUUUACAAUUCCAAGUGUAUUGAAUGCUUGUGUUUCACUGUUGGAACUUCGAUUUGGGAAAAUGGUUCACGGAGCGGCUAUAAAAUGUGGUCUGGAAACUGAUGUUUUCGUGGGGACUUCUAUUGUUGAUUUGUAUGCAAAAUGUGGGGUUAUGGAUGAAGCAUUUAGGGAACUCAGGCAGAUGCCAGUUAGCAAUGUUGUUUCUUGGACUGCCAUGCUAAAUGGUUUCGUGCAGAAUGGCGAUCCUCUUUCUGCCGUUCGAAUAUUUGGUGAAAUGAGGAAUAAAGGGGUAGAGAUAAACAAUUACACUGUCACUAGUGUGCUUACUGCCUGUGCUAAUCCUACUAUGGCAAAAGAAGCAAUCCAAAUCCAUUCUUGGAUUUUUAAGACUGGAUUUUAUCAGGAUCCAGUUGUGCAAACGUCUGUUAUCAAUAUGUACUCGAAGAUAGGGGAAGUUGCCUUAUCUGAACUAGUCUUUGCAGAGGCUGAAAAUCUGCAGCACCUAAGUUUGUGGUCUAACAUGAUUUCUGUUCUUGCCCAGAAUAGUGAUUCUGACAAGGCAAUUCAUCUAUUUCAGAGAAUAUUCCAAGAGGACUUGAAACCUGAUAAGUUCUGUUGUUCUAGUGUCUUGGGAGUUGUAGACUGUCUAGAUGUGGGUAGACAGAUACAUAGCUACACUAUUAAAUCGGGGUUAAUCUCUAAUGUUAACGUGAGCAGCUCUCUGUUCACGAUGUACUCAAAAUGUGGUAGUAUAGAGGAAUCAUAUGUUAUAUUUGAGCUGAUUAAGGAUAAGGAUAAUGUCUCAUGGGCAUCAAUGAUUGCUGGUCUUGUAGAACACAGUUUUCCAGAUAGAGCUGUUGAAUUGUUCAGAGAGAUGCCCGUGGAGGAAAUCAUUCCUGACGAAAUGACUUUAACUGGUAUCCUUAACGCAUUUAGUUCUCUUCAGGCCUUGAAGUCUGGCAAAGAAAUUCAUGGUUUCAUUCUUCGACACGGUGUUGGUGAGCUCCGCAUUGCCAAUGGUGCCAUUGUGAAUAUGUAUACAAAGUGCGGUGAUCUAGUUUCGGCAAGAAGUUUCUUUGAUAGGAUACCCUUUAAAGAUAAGUUUUCAUGUUCUUCCAUGGUAACUGGGUAUGCUCAAAGGGGUUAUGUGGAAGACACGCUUCAGCUGUUCAAGCAAAUGCUGAUGGAUGAUUUAGAUAGUAGUUCCUUUACAAUUUCUUCAGUUCUUGGGGUUCUUGCUCUUUCUAACAGAUCUCGCAUUGGCAUCCAAGUGCAUGCACAUUGUAUAAAAAUGGGAUCACAAUCGGAAGCACCGACAGGAAGUUCACUGGUUAUGAUGUAUUCAAAAUGUGGAAGUAUUGAUGAUUGCUGCAAAGCUUUUGAAGUGAUCUUGGCACCCGAUUUGGUUAGCUGGACUGCUAUGAUUGUAAGCUAUGCUCAAAAUGGAAAAGGGGGUGAUGCUUUGCAAGUUUAUGAGUUAAUGAGGAAUUCAGGAAUCAAGCCUGAUUCGGUGACUUUUGUUGGAGUUCUUUCUGCUUGUAGCCAUGCUGGUUUGGUUGAAGAAGGGUAUUUCUUUCUAACUUCAAUGAUGAAAGACUACGGAAUUGAGCCUGGUUACCAUCAUUAUGCCUGUAUGGUAGAUCUUCUCGGUCGCUCUGGUAGAUUAACUGAGGCUGAGAGGUUCAUUAAUGAGAUGCCUAUAAAACCUGAUGCUUUGGUCUGGGGAACACUACUUGCUGCUUGUAAAUUGCAUGAUGACGUUGAGUUAGGGAAGGUGGCAGCAAAAAAGAUCAUGGAGUUGGAGCCGAGUGAAGUUGGUGCAUAUAUCUCAUUGUCAAAUAUCUGGGCUAGUGUGGGCCAAUGGGAUGAAGUUUUGAAAAUUAGAGGUUCAAUGCGAGGAACUAGGAUAGCAAAGGAGCCUGGCUGGAGUUCUUUGUGUAACACAUUGAGAUGAUCUUGCGAAAAAGAGAGAUUUGGUGGCGAAAAACGGGCUUUGAAGUCUGAUUAGAGGUCUGAGGCAUAUGCGGACAUGGUUUUGAGCACAUGAACUGAUAUGGAGCUAAAAAGGAUCACUGAUCACAUACGGCUUAGAAGUCUGAGUAAAAGUCGAAGAAAAAUGAUGGGGAUCAAGUACGAGGAUCAACUACCAAGCAUGCACAACGUCGGCCAAGAAAGCAAAAAAUGUUGAAAAAUUGGCCUGGUGCAGAGUGCACUCGGCGAGUCCAGCGGUGCAGCAAGCCACUUUGGGUCUGUCUGACAGAAUUCAAGUCUCUGGAGAUUUGGCUUAGCAUGGCGUGCCAGGCAGCGCACUAAGCCAUUUUUGGCCCUGUCCGGGUCCGUUUUGGUUUAGGAGAUGUGUUUGAGUCCUGGAGUGUUUUCCCACAUUAAAAUAUUAAAUACAUGUUGUACACAAUUUUCAAAUCAUAUUCUGGAGGUAUUGAGGAGACAAGUCGUCUUAGAGAGGAGAUCCAUUGAUGGCUAGAACGACGGCUAAAGUGUCAUCGAUCCUAAGCGUUCUUUUAUCUCUUCUCUUUUAUUAUAUUAGUUCUUAGGGUUGUGGUGCUAUAUGAUUGUUGUAGUUUGAUACUCCCUCCGUUACAAUUUAUGUGAUACAGUUUGACUAGGCAAGAAGUUUAAGAA